AUGCUUCUGACUACGGUGUGGAAGCCAUUCAAAAUUAGGCGCUGUUUUUUUUCAGGCACAAUUACUACCAUCCAGUUCCAAGCUGCGCCAUUAUCAUCAACAACAGCAACUCACUCUCCCGCCAUCAUUUCAAGAUUCAAACCCAAACCCAUUUUAGAAAACAACAACGUUAGCCUGCAUCUCCAAAGCAGUGAUCCAACCCGCUUUCGACAUACAUCAUAUGCGCAGCUCUUCCGAGAAUGUGCUCGUGAUGGUACACUCGACCUAGGCCGAUCCCUCCACCUUCGUAUGCUCAAUUAUGAACCCAGCAUUCCCAUUGACCUAUACACCACCAACCAUCUCCUCAACAUGUAUGCCAAAUGUGGGGACUUAAGUACAGCACGGAAGCUGUUCGAUGAAAUGCCCGACAAGAAUUAUGUCACCUGGACUUGUCUUAUUUCGGGUUACUCUCAACAUGGGAUGGUGGAUGAAUGCUUUCAUAUGUUUCGUAUGAUGAUAGCUUCUCAUUGUAGACCGAAUGAUUUCGCUUAUACGAGUGUGCUUUCGAUUUGUGAUAGUAGUGGUGGUCGGCAAGUCCAUGCUAUCGUGUUGAAAACCGGAUUUUGUGCCUGCGUGUAUGUUGCCAAUGCUUUGAUAACUAUGUAUUCAAGGAGAAACAGCAGCCCAAGGAUGGAGGAGGCGUGGAAGGUAUUCAAUAGGAUGGAAUUCCGGAAUGUUGUUACUUGGAAUGCUAUCAUUGCCGGGUUUCAAGAACGAGGAGAGUGUAUUGGGGCUAUGACAUUUUUCAUCACGAUGUGUAGGGAUGGUGUUUGGUUUGACCGUGCUACCAUUUUAAGUGUGGUUUCUGCAUUUUGGGGGAGUCAAGAUGAAAAGCUUUCAGGUUGUCUCAAGUGUUGCUUACAAAUGCAUGGUGUUGCUGUAAAGACUGGAUUUGUUUUUGAUGUGUCUGUGGCAACUGCUUUACUAAAUGCUUAUUCGCGUCUUGGAGGAGGAGAGGUUGUUGGUGCGUGUUAUCAGUUGUUUCUAGAGACAACUGAAGGUUAUCGAGAUAUUGUUUUGUGGACUGGAGUUAUGACUGCUUUUGCUGAGAGAAAUCCUGAAGGAGCCCUUAUGCUUCUGAAUUGUUUGCGUAGAGAAGGUUUGGAGCCAGACUGUUAUGCCUUUUCGACUGUACUGAAAGCAUGUGGGAGUGGGAUGUUUGUGGCCGACAAGCAUGCUUUGGCUGUGUACUGUCAAGCGAUUAAAGCCGGUUGUACAAAUGUCAUUGUACUUCAGAAUGCCUUGAUUCAUGCGUUUGCUAGGUGUGGCUCGAUUGCCUUUGCCAGGGAAGUUUUUGAUGGAAUGCUUAAAAGGGAUGUAGUUUCUUGGAACUCAAUAUUGAAAGCUUAUGCUUUGCAUGGGCAAGGCAAGGAAGCAUUGGGCGUCUUUAAACUUAUGGUCUUGGAUGAUGUUGAACCUGAUGCCACCACUUUCACUGCAAUUCUUUCGGCUUGUAGCCAUUCGGGCAUGGUGAAAGAAGGGACGGAGAUUUUUCAUAACAUGUUUAAGAAAUACAGAGUUUUUCCCCGACUUGAUCACUAUGCUAGCAUGGUUGACAUUCUGGGGCGAGCAGGCCAUCUACAAGAGGCUGUAAAGAUGAUAAGGGAAAUGCCCGUGGCACCUGAUUACGUUGUCUGGAGUGCUUUUGUUGGUGCAUGUAGGAAACACGGCGAAACUCAGCUGGCUAAUUUUGGGCUAUCGAAAUUGAAGGAGUUGGAUCCAGAAAAAUCUCUAGGAUAUGUUUUACUGUCAAACUUAUACUGCUCUUCUGGCAGUUUUGACAACGCUCGUUUGAUAAGAAAAGUAAUGGAAGGGCUGGGAAUAAAGAAGCAAACUGGUUUGAGCUGGACAGAAAUUGGGAAUCAAAUACAUGAAUUUGCUUCUGGGGGCCGAACACACCCUUUAGGUGAUACUAUCCUUGCGAAUACGAAAGAUUUCAUUGAGAAAUUAAAGAAAAUGGGAUAUGUUCCAGAAACUAGUUUGGCCUUGCGUGACGUAGAAGAAGAGCACAGAGAGGAGGAAUUGUAUUACCACAGUGAGAAGCUGGCUUUGGUGUAUGCUUUGAUGAUGAAUGCUGCUGAUUUUAGUGGUUCUAUUAAGAUCAUGAAGAACAUUCGUAUCUGUCCAGAUUGCCACAAUUUCAUGAAGAUAGCAUCAGAACUGGCCCAGAAGGAGAUUGUUGUGAGAGAUUCGAAUCGUUUCCAUAUUUUCAAGAAGGGGCUCUGCUCUUGCAAUGACUUCUGGUAA